GGGAAGAGGUUCAGCCAAAGUUCUCACCUCAUCUCCCACCAAGCCGUCCACACCGACGAGAAACCCUACGUUUGUCCCGAUUGCGGGAAAAGUUUCGCCCGGCAACAAUAUCUCCUCAUGCAUCGUCGCGUUCAUACCGGGGAGAGACCGUACGGGUGUGGGGAUUGCGGGAAGAGUUUCCGGAAAAGUUCCGAUUUGGUUCGACACAAAACGGUUCAUACCGGGGAGAAACCCUUCAAGUGUCCCGUCUGCGGGAAGGGUUUCACCCAAAAUUUCCGCUGUAACGCCCACAAGAAGGUCCACGGCACGGAGAAGGUUGAGCCGCCGACGUCCGUCUUCCGACAUCACGGCCCCACCAGGCAGGAACCGUUGCGUCCACGUGAAGACGUGGCGGAGGAACCCGCGGAGCCGAUCCGUGCCGAAGAACGGACGGACGAGUGCCGGAAAACCCCGGAUUGUAGGAAAACCCCGAACCACCAGGAACAACCCCACGAGUGCCCCGAACGCGGGAAAAUCUUCGACGCCGUCUCCCACCCCACGUCCCACCAGCAGCUCCGUCGAGCGGAGAAACCCAAGGAGCAUCCCGUUCUUCCUGUCAAGGUGGAAUUUUUCCGUCGGAAUUCAUCCAAGGUUGAGAAAUCCCAUCUGUGCUCCGAAUGCGGGAAGAGCUUCACUCGGCGUUUCAACCUCAAACUCCACGCGAAGCUUCACACCGGCGAGCGACCCCACCGGUGCCCCGAGUGCGGGUUGAGCUUCACCAACACCUCCCACCUCAUCGUCCACCAGCGGAUCCAUACGGGGGAGAGGCCGUAUCGGGGUCCCGUCUGCUUUCACCAUGAGCUCCAAAUGCUGGAACACGAGAGGACCCACACGGGAGAAACUCCCUACCGGUGUGCCGAAUGCGGGAAUUGCUACAGGACCAAGGGCGCCCUGAUGUCCCACGCGAAGGUGCACGCCGAGUAG